AUGCUGGAAGAUGGAUCGCCUUUACCUUGUUUCCAAAUACGUAAUGACCAUCGGACUAAUGGGAAAGGUGGGCAUGACCUGCCUUGUUUGCAGAGGGGGAGGGUAUAUUCCGUCACGCAAAAUAUGCAAAUUUUUAAGUGUGUUUGUACCGAAGCUCGUUCAGGAAACCAUAAUUAUUUUAGGGCUGGCAAACAGCCAGCACCGGUGAAGCUGUUUCUCAGGAAGCCGAUCAAGUUUUGCUUCCGAAUAUUACUGGAUCCAAAAAUUGGACUCGGUGAAGCAUAUAUGUAUAAACACUGGGAUGUACAGCCGAAAAUCCAGGAUUUUUUAUCAUUACUUAUACGUGCUAAACGACAUAAUUCCGGACGUAACACAGAAGGCUUUUCUUUUUGCUUCUGGCGUAAAGUAUCAAAUGCGUUUGUCAGAGUUAUUACACAAGUGAUCCGAAAAGUGGUUUCGCUACUCAAUUCGGUGCAGCACUAUAUGCAUGCAAAUUCGUUGCGUGGCAGCGCGCGAAAUAUUCGUGACCACUACGAUCUCGGAAACGAGAUGUUCAGUUUAUUUCUCGAUCCAUCAAUGACGUAUUCAUGUGCAACUUUUCAUGAAAUUCCGCUGGAAGUAACACAUUCGGACAGUAAGCUUCUUGAGGAAGCGCAGAUGCGAAAAUAUGAUUUAAUCUUUAAUGAUCUGGAUAUUCGGUCAGAGGAUCAUGUUUUGGAAAUCGGUUUUGGUUGGGGUGCCUGUGCUACCCGCGCUGUAAAGCGUUAUGACUGCCAGUGGACUGGACUGACCAUUUCUAGCGAACAACUGAAAACUGCUCAGCAGCGAGUACGCAGUGCUGGAAUUCAAAACAAAGUCAAUCUAAAAUUGUUGGAUUAUCGAUUAGAGAAAGGCGUUUACGAUAAAGUAAUCGCUAUCGAAAUGAUCGAAGCAGUUGGGCACGAUUAUUUACCACAGUUUUUCAAGACUCUUUGUGAUCAACUUCGGCCUGGUGGUAAAGCGUUUUUGCAGGCGAUCACUUGUCCGGAGAGCUAUUACGAGCGCUAUCGUCGUUCAAGUGAUUUCAUCAAAAAACAUAUAUUCCCAGGAGGACAUAUGCCUUCGGAGCGCGCCAUUCGAGAAGCGCUACCGCCAGAGUUGACAGUAACCAAAAUACAUCAUAUUGGACAUCAUUAUGCACCAACUUUAGAUUUGUGGUACUUUGCCUGGAUAGAGCGCGAGAAAGAUGUAUUGAAGCUUGGUUACUCUUCCCAAUUUCAUCGCAAAUGGCAGUUUUAUUUUGCGCUCUGUUCAACCUUAUUUCGAUACUCGCACAUUGAUACCGUUCAAAUGCUUGUCGAAAAACGUGCAUAA